UUGUGGAAAAUCAGAACGGAAGAGUAGACCAGAAACUAAAUAUGGGUUGCAAUUUGUAAUCAAGCCUCACUCUGCAGUUCCUUGUCACAGUAUACUGGGAGCAACUAAAGCAGCAGCUAAACCAACAAUGGUCAUCAAAUUAUGGAUGGAAUUAAAGAGAAUUUUGAUUGAUCAGAUUAUCACCAAAUGGUUACAGUUGUUAGCUAAUUGA